AUGUCGGACUCUGUAGAUCGGGUCUUCGUUCAUGCCCUCAAUACCGUUAAGAGGAUUCCCCGGAGCGGCACCGCGCGACCUCCCUCCGCCGAGCGGCUAAAGCUAUAUGGCUUGUAUAAACAGAGCAUGGAGGGGGAUGUGGAGGGUGUCAUGGAUCGACCGAUCGGGAACACACCGGAGGUGCACGCAGAGUGCGAGAAAUGGGAUGCAUGGUAUGCACAGCGCGACUUAUCGCGCACCGAAGCCAAACGCCAGUAUAUCGGCACGCUCAUCGAGACAAUGCACGAAUACGCGUCACAAACAGCCGAGGCACGGGAACUCGUCGCGGAGCUCGAGUUCGUCUGGGACCAAAUAAAAUUCAACGCUUCGUCCUCGUCCUCCUCGAGCCCGCUUAAUACCGUCGGUGUCCCGCCGCUAUCACGCAGUGCCUAUGGGAGUAUCGGGGGUCGCUUGGCGCAGUCUGAAGAAUACGAGAGGCCGCGCCGGACGGCCGGGGAUCGCGAUUCCAGACUGCGGGUUCUGAGCCCUGUCAGCCAGCCCGAGGAAGAGUCUUAUCAGAACGAUCGGGGUGAGGACGAAGAUGAAGACGAGGAGUUCGAAGAAGCGCGUGAUAGUCUAUAUGAGCAUGACGACGCGGACGCAGAUGCCAGCACAACAAACACAAACACAAACACGAAUACGCACACCGAUGUCUCGCGGCCGAAACUCCGGCGCAACCCUGUUUCCGGGAUGAGUAUUGACAGCGGCGGGACGGGUCUGCGUGGCUCGCACUCGCACGCUCAUUCGCAGUCACAUUCCCAGUCUGGCAUCCCGGGGCCGAAGGAUAGUCGAUGGCGGCGACGCGUUGAGCAAGCGUUGACGAAAAUGACGGCGGAGAUUGCGGCCGUGCGAGAGCAGAUGGAGGCGCGGACUGUCGCGCAGCGGAGGCGCAAUGGGCUGUGGGCUUGGGUGAAGUGGAUGGUUUGGGUUGCUGUGCGGCAGAUUCUGGUUGAUAUUGCUAUGCUGGGCAUGCUUUUGAUCUGGAUGCGGCUGAGGGGGGAUCGAAGGGUUGAAGAUCGGCUUAAGACUGGUUGGGCGGCUGUUAAAGGGAGGCUUGGGAGGGUUAGGGGCAUUCAGUUGAAGAGGAUGCCUAUCUUGCCUUGA